AUGAGUGAUAAUGAAGAUGCAAAUGUAUCUAGAAAACAUGAAGAAAUUGUUGAUGUAGAUCAAAAUGGAAUUAAUCAUAAAACUAUGAUUAUUUCGAAUGAUGGAAAAAAUUCAGAUGAACAACAUAAUCUUGAAAAAUCUGAUGGUAAAAAAAAACAUGCUGCAACUGUAAGCCUUUUAAGUUUGUUUCGAUAUGCCACAUUACUCGAUAAAAUCUUUAUGUUAAUUGGUACCACAGGAGGUCUUGCUUAUGGUGUUCUUUUACCAUUAUUAGUUCUUGUAUUUGGAGGGCUUCUAAAUACAUUUACUAAUCGAUCUACUGAUUUAUGUACACUUAAUUAUACAGCUCUUUCUAUUGAAUUUUGUUCACCAGGUUAUGAGUUAACAGCAUCGAAUUAUUUUGCAUCAUUAUUUAUUUGUCAUUUUAAUGCAACUUAUGGAGUUACAUUUGAUUUUCAACAUGAAAUAACAAAACAAACACUUUCUUUAGUUACUCUUGGUUGUGUUAGUAUUUUAGCCGGCUAUAUUCAAGUAGCAUUUUGGACUAUGCCAGCUGAACAACAAGCAAGAGCUAUAAAACAAAAAUUAUUUCAAUCAAUUCUUCGAAAAGAAAUUGCUUUUUUUGAUACACAUAAGACUGCUGAACUUAAUACUAAAUUAACAGAUGAUAUUAAUAAAAUUCGUGAUGGAAUUGGUGAUAAACUUGGUUCAGCUUUGCAAUUUGUAGCUGGUUUUUUUAGUUUUGCUAAAGGAUGGAAAUUGACAUUAGUUGUAUUAUCAAUGUCUCCAUUAAUAUUUAUCUCAGCGGUUCUAUUUGCCAAACUUGCUUCGAAUUUGACAGAAAAGGAAUUAAAAGCUUAUGGUAAAGCAGGAGCAAUAGCUGAAGAAGUAUUUAGUUCAAUACGUAUUGUUCUAUCUUAUAAUGGACAAGGACGAGAACAAAAAAGAUAUGAUCAACAUCUUGAUGAAGCUAAAAGAAAUGGUAUAAAAAGAGGUGGAAUCAAUGGUACUCUAAUGGGUCUUGUGUGGUGUGUUGUCUAUUGUUCAUAUGCAUUAGGAUUUUGGUAUGGAGCGAAAUUAAUUCGAGAGGAAGAAUAUACCAUUGGUAAUCUUAUUAGUGUAUUCUUUUGUAUUAUCAUUGCUAUAUUCAAUUUGGGUCAAGCUAGUUCACAUCUUCAAGCUUUAACUCAAGCACGUACUGCUGCUUACAUUGUAUGGAAAAUUAUUGAUACACCAUCUAAAGUCAUUAGUGAUUCAGAGAAAGGUCUGAAAAAAGAUGAUCUUAUUGGUGAUAUUCAUUUUUCGAAUGUUCAUUUUACUUAUCCAUCACGAGCUGAAGUUAAAAUUCUAAAUGAUGUAUCAUUUGGUGCUAAACGUGGUGAAACAAUUGCACUUGUUGGAUCAUCUGGUUCAGGAAAAUCAACAUGUGUACAACUAUUACAAAGAUUUUAUGAUUCUGAUUCAGGUUCAAUCUAUAUUGAUGGACAUUCUGUUACUGAAUAUAAUUUAAAAUGGUUAAGAGAACAUAUUGGUGUUGUUAGUCAAGAACCAAUUUUAUUUCAAGCAACUAUUAGAGAAAAUAUUUUAUUUGGAAGAGAUACAGCAACUGAUGAAGAACUACGUGAAGCAGCAAAAAUGGCUAAUGCACAUAAUUUUAUAAUGACUUUACCUGAUAAAUAUGAAACUCGCGUAGGUGAACAUGAAGCUACAUUAUCAGGUGGACAAAAACAAAGAAUUGCCAUUGCUCGAGCAUUAAUUCGAGAUCCUAAAAUUUUAAUUCUUGAUGAAGCUACAAGUGCACUUGAUAAUGAAAGUGAAAAAAUAGUUCAAGAAGCUCUAGAUCGUGCUACUGAAGGUCGAACAACAUUAGUAAUUGCACAUCGUUUGUCAACAAUUCGUAAUGCUCAUAAAAUUGUUGUAAUGCAUAAAGGUAAAGUAGUUGAAGAAGGUGAUCAUGAAAAAUUAAUGCAGAUUCAUGGAACGUAUUUUGAUCUUGUUGAACAACAAAAUUUACAUAUAGCUGAAGAAGAAGAACGAUUAGCUUUUGAACGACAAGAAAGUGAUGGAUUACUGAGAGUUCAACAGAGUGAAGAAAAACAUUUAGGUAUUGGAAGAGAAUGUUCUUCCACUAUUAUUAAUAUGACACCAUCAGUUAUGGCUGCAUUGCAUGCAAACAAGAAGGAUUCAACAACAGGUGAAGAUAUCGUUGAAGAGGAAGAUAAUGAUGGAAAAAAGAAAAAGGAAAAAAAAAAUAAUGCUCCUCUUGAAAUGUUAAUAAUGAAUAAACCAGAAUGGCCAUUCAUAAUAGUGGGAUGUUUUGCAUGUAUAUGUAAUGGUGGUAUUCAACCAGUACUUGGUAUUAUUCUAAGUAAAUUAAUAGCGGUUUUUCAAGAAUGUAAUAAAGAAGUUCAAGAACAUCGGGUUUUACUUUAUGUACUUCUGUUUGUUGGUUGUGGUAUUCUAAUAUUACUUACAACGUCUCUUCAAGGUUAUCUAUUUGCUUGUUCAGGUGAAGCAUUAACGAAGAGAUUACGUUCGAAAUUAUUUCGUACAAUUCUACGUCAAGAAAUAGCUUAUUUUGAUAAUCCGAAAAAUAAUACAGGAGCUUUAUGUACACGUUUAGCAACUGAAGCAUCUGCUGUACAAGGAGUUACUGGUAUUCGUAUUGGAACAAUGCUACAAAAUUUAACUUCACUUGGUACUGGUAUUAUAAUUAGUUUUGUAUUUUCUUGGCAAUUGGCAUUACUUAUUCUUGGUUUUGUUCCAUUUAUCGUUGCCGGAGGAUUUUUAGAAAGUCGUUUAAUGACUGGCUUUGCUAGUAAAGAUAAUCAAACAUAUGAAGAUGCUGGAAAAAUAACAGUAGAAUCUAUACAAAAUAUUCGAACAGUUGCACAAUUAACAAAAGAAGAUUAUUUUUAUAAAGAAUAUUCUAAACUUCUUAAAAUUCCUGUUCGAGCAUCUAUAAAAAGAGCUCAUCUUUUUGGUGUAUUCUUUGCAUUAACAAGUUCAGCUAUGUAUUUUUGUUUAGCAGCAAUGUUUAGAUUGGGUGCUUAUUUAGUAGAUCAUGAUACAAUUUCAUUUGAAGAUAUUUUAUUGUGUUUUAGUUGUAUUAUAUUUGGUGCACAAAAUGUUGGACAAACAGCAUCAAUGUCUCCGGAUUAUACUAAAGCAGUUGAAGCUGCUGAAAGGGUUUUAGAAUUGUUGCAUCGAAAACCGGCUAUCGAUAAUAGUUCAAGUGAUGGUGAUGAAAUUCCUAACUUUAGUGGACAAUUACAAUUUGAAGGUGUCCAUUUUAUAUAUCCAAAUAGAUCUGAAUCAAUUAUUCUUCAAAAUUUCGAACUCAAAAUCAAAGCUGGUCAACAAGUUGCACUCGUUGGUACAUCUGGUUGUGGAAAAUCAACAACUAUUCAAUUAAUUGAACGUUUCUAUGAUGCAAAUAUCGGUCGAUUGCUAGCUGAUUCACACGAUGUUCGAAGUCUUAAUCUCCAAUGGUAUCGAUCACAAAUUGGUAUUGUCUCACAAGAACCAACUUUAUUUGAUAUGUCAAUUAAAGAAAAUAUUGCUUAUGGUGAUGAUAGUCGAAUUGAUAUUCCAAUGGAAGAAAUAAUUGAAGCAGCUAAAACUGCUAAUAUUCAUGAUUUUAUUCAAAGUCUUCCACAAAAAUAUGAAACAAAUUGUGGUGCAAAAGGUACUCAAUUAUCAGGUGGACAAAAACAACGAAUUGGUAAGAACGGAUUUUUCAGAUGGGCCAUUCCACGUAAGCCACGACCCACUCACACAGAAGCUGCUCAAACCAUGGUCGUCGAUUUGACUGAUUUUUUAUAUGUUAUAGAGGCAAGUGUUUGA